GGUGGUGGAUACAGUGGCGCACAUUCUUUUGGGGUACAGUAACUGCCGUCCAUGAAGGACGAGUGGGUGACUGCCGUGAGGAGAACGUUCCAGAGAUUUUCUCGGAGCGGAGGAGUGGCUCGGAGUGAGUGAGUGAGUGAGUGAGUGAGUGAGUGACGAGCGAGUGACGAGUGAGGGAGUGACGAGCGAGCGAGGGAGUCUCAGGCUCAGAACGGUUCUCGAAGAGUCCCCCGAGAAAUGGAGUCGAUGGGCUCGCUGACGGACCCAAUCAUAGUCCCCCCUGAUGGACCCCCUGAUGGACCCUCUGCGUUUUCUGACUCUCGUCGCUCAAGACGCCUCUCGAGUGGAGCUAUCAGCCGGACUGAUAUCGUUUUUUUCCGCACACAGCUUUCACAGGACGGUCCUUCAGCAGGCCAGGGAUUCAUUCCCCACGUUUCUUCAGCCAAGUCGAUUCCUCGUGCUGCUGUGUUUCCGCGAUUCCGAGCUCCCGCGUGCGUCUUGGGGCGACUUUUGAGUUCACUCACAAGUCAGCUCGCGAUUCUGAGCUCCCGCGUGCGGCUUGGCGCGUUUUGAGGAGCUUUGACAUGCAUGCAUGCAUGCUUUCACGCGGCGACGUUCGUAGCUCGUCCCUCAUGCAGCGACGACGUACUAAGGCAGCAGCAUAUUUGACCUAGAUCACGAGAGGGAAAGACUGUGACCUCGUGUGACCUACUAAGCUCAUUUGACCUAAAUCACGAGAGGGAAAGACUGACCUCUUGUGACCUAAGCUCAUUUGUCCUAAAUCACGAGAGGGGAAGACUGACCUCGUGUGACCUAAGCUCAUUUAACCUAAAUCACGAGGGGGAACAGCUGUGACCUCGUGUGACCUAAGCUCAUUUGACCUAAAUGCAAAGGUGAGCUCAUUUCAUGAGAGCGACCUCAGAAUGCUACAUAAUGAGAGGCCCUCAAGGCUGUCGAGCAUGUACGCGGUUGGACGCAGCUGCUAGGUCGAGUGUUACUGCUCACAAGGUUGAUGGCAUCAGGCCUUGAUAAUUAAAUAGUGGGACUUUUUGAGAAAAUUGCCUCAUAAGGUCCAGAUUGCGCUUUAGAAUCCGCCUCUUGUGGCGCACAGCUGUUGGUCUCAAAAUCCCUUGGGAUCGACACCAGGUACACUGCUAAUGGCAGAAAUGGAAGUGGAGAGGGAAAAAGGGGGAAAAGAGGGUGAACGAGAGGAGAGGGAGAAAGGGCAUCCGGGUAACCACCAUCCGGAUCGUCAUACACACAAUCCUAGCCACCGUGACGGUAGCCCUAAUCAGCACCUGCAGCAGCAGCAGCAGCAGCAGCAGCAGCAGCAGCAGCAGCAGCAGCAGCAGCAGCAGCAGCAGCAGCAGAAUCGCAGCCAAUGGCAAUGGCAGGACCAUCAUAGUAACCAGCCGCAGCAGGAGCCACCUCUUCAACAGAAGCAGCAGCAAGCGGAGCAGCAACAGCAGCAGCAGCAGGAGCAGCAGCGCCAGCAGCAGCAUCACGGCCAAUGGCAGGAUGAGCAGGAACCGCUUCUUCUGCAACAGCAGCAGCAUCCAGUGACGUCAGGAUCUACAUCCAAAAAGGACGAAUGGCAUGCAGCAAUAACGUCAGCAUCACCAGGAGCCGAUGGAUGGCAUGGGUUGCUGACGUCACCAGCAUCAGCACCCAUCAUCACGCGAUGCCAUUCACUGAUUCAACGCCGGGAGGUGCCCAAGGGAUCGACGCCCUUCAUCAUCCUGGGCGUCUGCCUCUUGCUGGUACGCACUCUCUGCUUCGGCAUCUUUUCAAACUUCCAGUCCGACAAGGAGCCGGCGAUUCUCCGUGCCUCCCUGCCCCUCCCACUCCCAGACAGUUCUCUUGACCAUCUUCCAGUGCUCACACUCUGGUUCGACGUCUUUUCAAUCUUCCAGACUGACGAGGAGCGGGCGAUUCUCCGUGCUGCUGUCUCCUCCACUCUUCCUCGGCUCUCCCGGCCAGUGAACUCAAUGGUUACACGACGGCCCACCAUGCAAUCUCCCGCAGCCGUGCCAAGUGCAUUUUCAGCACCACCAGCAGGGGAAAAUACAGCUCCAGCUGCCGUCACCAUGAGAAGUGGCAGCAGCAGCAGCAGCAGCAGCAGCAGUGGCGGCAGCAGCAGUAGCAGCAGUGGCGGCAGCAGCAGCAGCAGCAGCAGCAGCAGUAGAGACAGCAGUGACAGCAGUGGCAGCAGAAGCAGCAUUGGUGGCACCACACCUGCCAAGUGGCAGCAGCAUCGGUUUAGGCCUAUUGGCAGUGCGAGGCUCUUGACGUUUGAGCAGUUCUCUGCGUAUCGCCUCUCUCCCACCCAGUUUGCGGUCGUGGGGCUGGCGGCUCGUGCCAUGGACGAAGUGAGAAAGGUUGGCGAUUGCAUGUGGGAGCCUGCAAAACCAGCUGGGCUAGGGCAAGCACAGGAGCCAAGAGGAGAGGAGGUUAGGGUUGCCAGUGCCACGACAGAGGGUAGUGGCAGUAGGAGAAGGAGGAGGAGGCUGUUGGGCGAGGAGAGGGGGGAGGAGGCGAGGAGAGAGGAGGGGAGGAGGUUGGAAGAGGUGGAGGUGAAUAAGAAGGGGUGGAUACACGGCAAGGUGGAGGAGCUACACGUGGGGGAACACCAUUCGCUGAAAUAUGCCGGGCUGAUCCUGCUGUGUACUCUUGAGAGGGAAGCGUAUGUGGCACUUGGAGGGCAAUUACACAUGGGCAUGGAAGGGGAGGACGUGGUGGUGUAUGAGGAGCAUCCCGUGGAUGUGGUUGGUGCCGUGACCCAUCCUCCCUUCCUCCACAACAUCACGCACUGCUCUCCCCCCAUACACGGUCAGGUGAACGCGGAGCGCGUCUACCAAUGGAUGGAUGUGCACAUACGGAUGGGUGUGGACCACUAUGCCAUGUACGAUGUGGGCGGGGUGGACGACCACCUGCGGACUGCCAUCCAGCCAUUCCUAGAUGGCGGGAUUGCAGAUAUCACGGAUUUUCGGGAGGUGGUGAACUAUGAGUCAUGGUAUCACGGGCAGGUCAUGAUAGUGAACGACUGUGUGUAUCGCUUCCGCCCCCUCUCCAAGUGGAUCAUGUACCUCGAUUAUGACGAGUUCAUCUUCAUAAAUGGCCAGGAGCGCAUGCCCACCCCUUUGAGCGUGCAUCACUUCCUCAUGCCCUAUGAGGGCAUGCCCUAUGUCAGCCACGGGAGCCUCUGGUGGGACUGUGAACGCUGCCUGCCGUCUGAAGGCCCUGAUGACCCCAGGAGGCCUCUGGAGCGCAUGCUGUGGCACGGGCCGGGGAUCUUCUGUCGGGCCAAGGGCAACAACACGAAAGCCAGCAUGUGCUUGGACCACUACGGGCACCGCAAGCUGUUUGUGGAUCCCAGAAGGGUGCGAAUGGUGGAGAACCACGUGGUUCAGGAGCCUGAAGGGGGAGGUGCGGAUGUGUCAACUGACAUUCUCAGACAUGACCACUUCCAUGGCCUUAUCAAACGGGGCAUCAAGGAGUGCACGCUGGCAAUGAAAGAGCACGACAACAUAACCUGGUGGGCCCGAGGGAGAGAGGAGGCGGACCGAAUGCAAUACGUGCGCACACACCCCCUCAACAUGCCGUAUCUUGUUGCGUCACACAGGUGGUGGAGGGAGUUUGUACAAAGAACCCAUCAAGGCCUGUAACGGUGGCAACCGUUGAGGGCUAUCCUUCCUGGCACAACGUUCCCGGCGAGGUGAAGCGUAUGUGACUAUCGUAGGGUAUUACAACGAUUGAUCAAUCUUCUUAAGAGCUGUAAUCUGACCACACAUCCUCAUGCCCCAAGCGGCGGGAGGGAUAAACAAUCGUAGACUAUGUAUGCUUGUCAAGAGACACGCUGGGGUUGCCUCGAUCCUCGGGGAAGGGCUACAAGCCAUCUCUCUGCCUGGGGGGUUACGUAGUUACAGAUCAGCCUCUCUGACAAAACUCGAGUCGCACGAUGUGAAUGCCGGGUUUCGAGUCAGUGAAUGACGGGUCAAGCAAUUCUUGCUGUUUUUUUGUCCUUGAUACAGCGAGAGCUUCGAUGAAUAUAUAUGCAAAAUUGGUACACGCCUCUGGAUAGGAUUCGAAGUACUUUUUCUUGUAAGGGUACUCGCUUGCUGCCACUUUUUCUGUAAGGGUAUU